UGGCCGAGGCGGAGGCGCAGGCGGGCGGGGCGGGGUCGCUGCGGGCUAGGCUGAGCGGGCGAGGCCGGCUGCUGGCCGGGAAGGCGCGGUGCCGGCUGCUGCAUUUCGGCUUGGCCAUGGCAGCGGCGCCCCUGAAAGUGUGCAUCGUGGGCUCCGGGAACUGGGGUUCAGCUGUUGCAAAAAUAAUUGGUAAUAAUGUCAAGAAACUGCAGAAAUUUGCCUCCACAGUCAAGAUGUGGGUCUUUGAAGAAACAGUCAAUGGGCGAAAAUUGACAGACAUCAUAAAUAAUGACCAUGAAAAUGUAAAAUAUCUGCCUGGACACAAGCUGCCAGAGAAUGUGGUUGCCAUCCCUAACCUCAGCGAGGCCGUGCAGGAUGCAGACCUGCUGGUGUUCGUCAUCCCCCACCAGUUCAUUCACCGAAUCUGCGAUGAGAUCACCGGCAGGGUACCCAAGAAGGCACUGGGAAUCACCCUCAUCAAGGGUAUUGACGAGGGCCCGGAGGGGCUGAAACUCAUUUCGGACAUCAUCCGUGAGAAGAUGGGCAUUGACAUCAGUGUACUUAUGGGUGCCAACAUUGCCAGCGAGGUGGCUGCAGACAAGUUCUGUGAGACGACCAUUGGCAGCAAAGUCAUGGAGAAUGGCCUUCUCUUCAAAGAACUUCUGCAGACUCCCAAUUUUCGAAUUACUGUGGUUGAUGAUGCGGACACGGUUGAGCUUUGCGGUGCUCUUAAGAACAUUGUCGCUGUGGGAGCCGGGUUCUGCGAUGGCCUCCGCUGCGGAGACAACACCAAAGCUGCCGUCAUCCGCCUGGGCCUCAUGGAAAUGAUCUCUUUUGCCAAGAUCUUCUGCAAGGGCCAGGUGUCCACAGCCACCUUCCUGGAGAGCUGCGGGGUGGCUGACCUGAUCACCACCUGCUACGGAGGGCGGAACCGCAGGGUAGCCGAGGCAUUCGCCAGGACGGGGAAGACCAUUGAAGAAUUGGAGAAGGAGAUGCUGAAUGGGCAGAAGCUACAAGGACCUCAGACUUCUGCAGAAGUGUACCGCAUCCUCAAGCAGAAGGGACUCACUGACAAGUUUCCACUGUUUACCGCGGUGUAUCAGAUCUGCUACGAAGGCAGACCUGUCUCAGAGAUGCUGUCCUGUCUCCAGAGCCAUCCAGAGCACACCUAAAGUGAAUCAUGUACCAGACUGGGGAUCAUUCUGCCUCUCUCAGUGGUCUUGUGGAUUCAUAUGGAAACCAAGACUUGGCAACAAGAUGUUUGCUUGAAUAUACUCCCAUCAUGGAUGUCUAUGAAUUAUUACAAAUUCACUUUUGAAUUAGGAGAGAAUUCAUUGGCUAAGGUGUACUGGGCAACAGCUAAACACACAUGUGAACGUGUGUGUGUGCACACGUGUAUGUAUGUGUUCAUUAUUCAUUCUAUGGGUGUUUCUAUGAACCAAAGUUAUAUGUCCUUUUAAAAUAGAUGACAUUUAAAAUUUCUCCACUAUGUAGUCUAUAUAAUUGGCAUUAUCUCAGUUAAAUUUUUUAGAUAUAACUGAUUUGAAUGGAGGAAUUAUUUUUUCUCAUUUUUGAUGGUAAAUUUAACCAGCAUUAAAAUGGUUUAUUGAAUGGAAGAGAAAGUGUGUUCAAAAAUCACUAUAUCUAACUUUAAACACUGUCUCAGAACCAGCAUAAUCAACUACUACUUGAUUGUAGAUUGAUCUUUUUUCAAACAAUUAAAUGUUUUAAAUUAGGAAUCCA